AUGAGAAGGCUCCGUGGCAACCGCGGGGCACCAAAUGCAAUUCCUGUUCAGCUUGAUCUUGUAGCUGCAUGGGAGAGUGAGGUUAGUCAUCACACUGGUGAUGCUAGUCAACAUACUAUUAUUGUUAAGCACUUUGAAGAGGCAAAUGUGGAAGAGAGAAGGUUGAUAUCUUUCCGGAAGCAUAAGCCUCCAUCCUUUUUGGGGUCUAAGGAUCCUAAGGUAGUUACUACAUGGCUACAAGGCAUGGAGAAGAUAUUUCAAGUUAUGAGGUGUCAGGAUCCUCAGAGGCUAAGGUAUUCAGUAUAUAUGCUGGAAGGUGAGGCACACGAGUGGUGGUGCAAUGCGUCGAGGCCAUUUGAGAUACAAGGACAAGAGAUGACUUGGGGGCUAUUCCAGAAUCUAUUCCAUGAGGAAUACUUUCCUAGAUAUGCUAGGGAAGCGAAGCAGGGAGAGUUUGAUAGAGUGGUGCAAGGCACCAUGUUAGUGGAUGCUUAUGUGGCGAAGUUUAAUGAGCUUGUAAAGUUUGCUAAUUAUGGCGGGGUUCUACCUACCCCGAAUCUUUUGGCUGCUAAGUUCCAGAAGGGACUUAAUGAGAAAAUAGCAAAGUGUAUGUCUAAUAUAGCGGUGCGAAACUUUGCGGAUCUUGUUACCCAAUGCAAAAGGGUAGAGACUGUUUAUGGGAGGUACCCUAAGUCCAGUGCUUCUCGUGAGCAAGAGAUGAAGAAGAAUGCUAAUCCUUUCGAUUCCAACUGGAUGGGUAAUAACAAAGGCAAAGGUUUACAAGUAAGGCAACCUUCAGGGAAAUUCAAGAGGGGCGGAGCCCUAGGAGGCAGACCAAAUGAUAGAUAUUUUACCCCACAAUGCGGGAAAUGCAAGAAAUACCACAGAUGUCAGUGUGGUGUGACUCCAAAUGCUUGCUUUAAGUAUGGUCAGACUGGCCACUUUGCUCGAAACUGUACUUCUACUGUGGGGCAAGCUGCGAAUCUGCAGGCCUUGCCGACUUCUGCUACCAUUACUGAUGCUCUUCCUAUGGUUGGACGCGUCUAUACUACAAAUGUCCAACAUUUUGAUAAGGCUCCGAACUUAGUUAAAGGUAUAAUUUUCAUUUCUAAUCAUGACUUAUCUGUGUUGUUUGACUCUGGAGUGACCCAUUCUUUUAUUGGGAAUAUAUGGCUAUGGGGUAAUUUAAAUGUAACAAGGAUGGAUUCCCCGAUGCAUAUUACUACUGCUACAAGAGAGUCUGGUUGUGAGAAGGAAGAAGAAAUUUUGAAUAUACCGCUGGUGAGUGAGUUUGUAGAUGUUUUCCCUGAUGAAAUACCAAAAUUCUCAUCUGAGAGGGAGAUUGAAUUAUCUAUUGAUAUGUUGCCUAGUGUGGGACCUAUCUCUUUUGCUCUAUACCGGAUGUCGCCGCUGGAAUUGGCUGAACUAAAGAAACAUAUUGAAGAGCUCUUUGCAAAAAAAUUUAUCAGACCUAGUGUGUCUCCAUAG